CUCAGAGUGAACCCACCAUGCCCCGGGCCAAAGUCGACCCGAAGAACCGCCAACGCGCCGACAAAGCCUGUCUCGCCUGCAGGGCGGCCAAGAAGCGAUGUAGCGGGACGUUUCCGUGCAUCAAGUGUGAUGCCGUCGCCGCCCCGAGACUACGAUGCGCAACCCCGCCUCUGCAGAGCUCGAACCAAACGGACCAUCCGGGCUCACUCUCCCCUGAAGCGCCCCAUCGGACGCACCCGCGCAUGCUGCGCAACCUACAAGGGGAACGAGUCUACAUCGGAAAGGCGGCCUCCCUAUCGUUCCUACAACUCCUUCGAGAUACCGUCACCCAAUAUAUCGGACCGUCCCAGUUCUCGCAUAGUUUGAAAAGGGAGGAUAUGCUCGAGGCGGAAACGCCUCAGGAUGCCUUACCCCCCUUCCAGGAGAGUGACAUCGAUGAUGAUCGUCGGCAGGCGUUCCUCCUGGCUUACAAGAUUGCAACGAGUGGUUUUGUUGAUGUGCUGUCGGACGAGGAGACAGAGCGGGUGUUUGAACCAGCAGCGUUUCAGGAACCAGCGAAGUGUCUCAAUACGCAGACAGCCCUCCGCGAUAUAAUGAUCGCCAUCGGAGCGCAGUGCACCAAAAGUGACAGCAUGACCACCCGUGCAGAACGCUUCUUCUUCUCGCGCGCCCAAACCCGCGCCUUCACCGGCAUGUUGGAAAACCCCAGCCUCGAGAUCGUCCGGCUAUUCCUGCUCAUGUCGUUCUACAUGCUGGGUGCGUGCCGUCGCAAUGCCGCGUUCAUGUACCUUGGUGUGGCGGUCCGGGCGGCGGUGGCCCUAGGACUUCACAUCCCAGACUCUUCAACUACGACGGCAAAGGAGCAGUCACAGCGAGCGUGCAUCUGGAUGAGUCUGUGUAUACUGGAUCUGCUAAUCAGCUCCAUCCUCGGCCGUCCCCCCGCGACGGCUUGCCUACGCUUAGAGAAUAGCGGAAGUAUGGAGCACGGAUCAACCCAGAUAAGACCGGACCUGGUAGCUUCGUACCGUAUGUCACGCAUCCUCGACGAGAUCAUCGUCCGCCUGUACAGCGAGAAAGCAGCGUCUGCAGACGCAGCCGCGUCCAUCCUCGGUAAACUCACCCGGUGGAGCGACAGCCUGCCUCCGUCACUCCUGGCGCCGCCGUCUACUGACUGCGCGCGCCCGGCCGCCCAGCAACACAUCAUCGGUAGUCUACACAUCGCAUGCUUGUACCACUUCGCAGUCAUCAUCGUCACGCGGCCCUUCCUGAUCUCCGUGCUCGGGAUUCGUCUAGCGCGGUUCCAGCCCGCCUCGACAGGAAGUCUGGGCCUCCCAACCGAAGCCCUACAAGACGACCCAGCGCACGCGCAACUCGCUUCAGCGUGCGUCGACUCCGCCCUAUACAUGAUCCAAACCUGCAUGGAAGUUCACGAGUCCGACCUGCUACUAGGUAACAUGUGCAUCCUCAAGGCAUUCGUAUUCGCAGCCGCCCUCGUGCUAGGAUUCUCGCUGUUCGCACAGCGCGAAGUCAACACCGCCGUCGAAGACGCCUUCCACGGAGCGAUUCGCAUACUGCACGCGCUGUCCCAACAGUCCGCCCAAGCGGGCCACUACCAUGAGAUUCUCACGCUGCUGAAGAAUGCCAUUGCCGAGCAGCGCCAGCGGCUGAUGCAUCGGUCGCCGCAGAAGAACCGGUACGUCAGCAAGCUGUUUAGCUUGAAGCGAGACCAAGAUCCUGCGGGCGAGGAAGUACCAGCGAGCGUAGGGGAAAACGCCAGUGGUAUGACGACGCCGUCGCAGGCGAAUCUGCUCGACUCACUUAUGGACGGCGGUCUGUUUUGUGACUGGGACGGGAUGGAGCUGCCGUCGUGGGAUAGUUUUCCAUUUACUGAGGAUGUACUGUCGUAG